GGGGCGUAGCCUUUGUUGGGGGCGUGGCUAUCCUAUUCGAAAGGCGGGGCCUGGGUGGAACCCAGCCUAUGGCAGUUGAGAAGCCAGAGUGAAGGGGCUACAACUAGUCUAGUGCGAAGCAGGGCCAAUGGAGGGAGAAAUUGGGGGCAGAAGGGGCCGGACCUGGGCGGAGAAAAGCUAAAGCAGGCCGUCUGCGCGCCCGAGCCCACGUGACGGGGCGGCACGCGGAAAAGCUUGUGCCCGCACGAGGCUGCCCGAGCAGCGUGACUGGAACGUGGUGAGCACGAACUCGCGCACGCCCAAGCCUCGCGACAAUUACCACCAGUGGGACGGGCCGUUUGAGUACGCGCCUGCGCACAACGUGCCUCGUGCCUUCCCGCGUUUUUCUGGAUUCUUCCACCACCGGAGAGAAGAAGCCGGCGCUUGUCCUGGAGGUGGGGUGGCCGCAGAGUCCCGAGGGACCCCAGGCAGUGAUCUUUCCUCAUCCCUGCCCAACCAGACGUCGCUGUUCCAGGCUCAGACACUGGACCAGCAUGCCUACGCUGCGGUCCUCCUCCUCCCCAAGCAGUGUGUCCUCCCCGCUGCGGAGAGCAGCAGGAGGUGGACAGAGGGGCUUGUCUGCAUCCUCUAGUUCGUCUGUCAAUGCACUCUGUGGUGACAGGGACUCGGACCCGACUUCACAGGGGGAUAGUGGUUCUUUGUCAGCUGAUGAAGGCAGUGACUUUGAAGAUAGCCUGAGACGCAGCGUGAAGAAGAGAGCAGCAAAACGACCACUCAAAACAACCCCGGUGGCAAAACAUCCAAAGAAGGGGUCCCGAAUGGUACGUGGUCGUGGCCAGAAAGACUCAGAGCUACCAGCCAGUGAUCUCUUUGAUGCUGUGAAAGCUGCCAAAAGUGACAUGCAGUCUUUGGUGGAUGAGUGGCUGGAUAGCUACAAGCAAGACCAGGAUGCAGGAUUCCUGGAGCUCAUUAACUUUUUCAUCCGAUCUUGUGGAUGUAAAGGCAAUGUGACCCCCGAGAUGUUCAAGAAGAUGUCCAACUCAGAGAUCAUCCGGCACCUAACAGAGCAGUUUAAUGAGGACUCAGGAGACUAUCCCCUGAUAGCACCAGGUCCAUCCUGGAAGAAGUUCCAGGGCAGUUUCUGUGAAUUUGUAAAGACCUUGGUCUAUCAGUGCCAGUAUAGCCUUCUCUAUGAUGGCUUUCCUAUGGACAACCUCAUCUCCCUGCUCACGGGCCUCUCAGACUCCCAAGUCCGUGCCUUCCGUCACACUAGCACCCUGGCGGCCAUGAAGCUAAUGACCUCCCUGGUAAGAGUUGCCCUUCAGCUGAGUCUGCACAAAGACAAUAAUCAGCGACAGUAUGAGGCUGAACGAAAUAAGAGGCCAGGACAGAGAGCACCUGAGCGGCUGGAGAGCCUGUCGGAGAAACGCAAAGAACUCCAAGAGCAUCAAGAGGAGAUUGAGGGGAUGAUGAAUGCCCUCUUCAGGGGUGUCUUUGUGCAUCGGUACAGGGAUGUCCUUCCUGAGAUCCGUGCUAUCUGCAUUGAGGAGAUCGGGUCUUGGAUGCAAAGCUACAGCACAUCUUUCCUCACUGACAGCUAUUUGAAAUAUAUUGGCUGGACCCUGCAUGAUAAGCAUCGAGAAGUCCGUCUGAAGUGCCUGAAGGCUCUAAAAGGGCUGUACAGCAGCCGGGAGUUGACUGCCCGCCUGGAGCUCUUUACCAGCCGCUUCAAGGACCGGAUGGUUUCCAUGGUCAUGGACCGAGAGUAUGAUGUGGCGGUGGAGGCCGUCAAGUUAUUAAUACUUAUCCUGAAGAACAUGGAAGGUGUGCUGACAGAUGCAGACUGUGAGAGCGUCUACCCUGUUGUGUACGCCUCUAACCGAGCCCUGGCGUCUGCUGCAGGGGAAUUUCUGUACUGGAAGCUCUUCUACCCUGAGUGUGAGACUAGGACAGGGGGUGGGAGACAGCGACGCCGAAGCCCACGCGCCCAGAGGACUUUUUUCCACCUUCUGCUGUCCUUCUUUGUGGAGAGUGAGCUCCAUGACCAUGCUGCUUACUUAGUAGACAGCCUGUGGGACUGUGCAGGGUCUCAGCUGAAGGACUGGGAGAGUCUGACAAGCCUGCUGCUGGAGAAGGACCAGAGUGCGUGCCGUGCGAUAACCGGAGGAGGGGACUUUUCACCUCCUAACUUGGGCGAUGUGCAGGAGAGCACACUGAUAGAAAUCCUUGUGUCCAGCGUUCGACAAGCUUCAGAGGGUCACCCGCCUGUGGGGCGGAUCACUGGGAGGAAGGGCUUAACCCCAAAAGAGCGGAAGAUCCAAGCCGAUGACAAGGUGAAGCUGACAGAGCACCUCAUCCCCCUGCUCCCCCAGCUCCUGGCCAAGUUCUCAGCUGACGCGGAGAAGGUUGCUCCCCUGCUCCAGCUUCUCAACUACUUUGACCUCAGCAUCUACUGCACUAGGCGCUUGGAGAAGCAUCUGGAGCUGUUCUUACAGCAACUCCAGGAGGUGGUGGUGAAGCACGCGGAGCCCGCGGUGCUUGAGGCGGGUGCUCAUGCCCUCUAUCUGCUCUGUAGUCCUGAGUUCACGUUCUUUGGCCGGGUAGACUUUGCCCGCAGCCAGCUGGUGGACCUGCUGACUGACCGCUUCCAGCAGGAACUUGAAGAGCUGCUGCAGUCAUCCUUCCUAGACGAGGAUGAGGUCUACAGUCUGGCCGCCACUCUGAAGCGCCUCUCGGCCUUCUACAAUGCUCAUGACCUGAGUCGCUGGGAGCUCUAUGAGCCAUGCUACCAGCUCCUCCGGAAGGCUGUGGACACAGGAGAGGUUCCUCACCAGGUGAUCCUGCCAGCCUUGACUCUUGUCUAUUUUUCCAUCCUCUGGACACUAACCCACCUUUCUGGAUCAGAGGCUUCCCAGGAGCAGCUGUUGAGUUUGAAGGACAGGAUGGUGGCCUUCUGUGAACUCUGCCAGAGCUGCCUCUCGGAUAUGGAUUCUAACAUCCAGGAGCAGGCUUUUGUCUUACUAAGUGAUCUACUUCUCAUCUUCAGCCCUCAGAUGAUUGUAGGGGGUCGAGAUUUCCUUAGACCCCUUGUCUUUCUUCCUGAAGCCACUCUCCAGUCUGAACUAGCCAGCUUCCUCAUGGACCACGUCUUCAUCCAGCCUGGAGAACUGGGCAGUGGUCAUUCCCAGGAGGACCAUUUACAGAUCGAGCAGCUGCACCAGCGGCGCCGCCUCCUGGCUGGGUUCUGCAAGCUCUUGCUUUAUGGGGUCCUGGAGAUGGAUGCGGCCUCUGACGUUUUCAAACACUAUAACAAGUUCUACAAUGACUAUGGUGACAUUAUCAAGGAAACAUUAACUAGAGUACGGCAGAUUGACCGGAGUCAUUGUUCCCGAAUCCUGCUGCUGAGCCUCAAGCAGUUGUACACAGAACUGCUGCAGGAACAGGGGCCCCAGGGCCUGAAUGAGCUUCCAGCCUUCGGUGAGAUGCGGGACCUGGCCCGAAGGUUUGCCUUGAGCUUUGGACCCCAGCAGCUACAGAACCGUGAUCUUGUGGUCACGCUCCACAAGGAAGGCAUCAAAUUCUCCUUGUCUGAGCCUCCUCCAGCUGGCUCCUCCAGUCAGCCCCCAAACCUGGCAUUCCUGGAGCUCCUUUCCGAGUUUUCCCCCCGACUCUUCCAUCAGGACAAGCAGCUGCUACUGUCCUACCUGGAAAAGUGUCUGCAGCGUGUCUCACAGUCACCUGAUUGUCCCUGGGGUCCAGUCACCACCUACUGCCACUCCCUCAGCCCUGUGGAGAGCACAGCAGAGGCCAUUCCUCAGGGCUACCCCCGCUCCAAGAAGAGGCGCACUGAAGGCCCCUCCAGGCGGCAGAGAGAGGAUGUCUCUUCAUCCCAGGAAGAAAGCCUGCAGCUGACCAGCGUCCCACCCUCACCCACCCUCACCUCCACAGCCGUGAAGAGGGGGCAGCCCCUGAGGAGCUUGGAAGAGGUGGAGGAAGAAGGCAGAUCAGCACCACAGCUUACCCAGCGCCAGCCCCUUUCAGGUAACCAGAGGUCAAGGUUCUCAAGUCCACGACAUUUCCGGACUCUGCUCAACCCUUCAGGUCGUGGUUUGGGCACCCGGUUGACCCGACUCAGCCUUAUGGAAGAGGAUGAAGAAGAGUUGGAAAUUCACGAUGAGUUAAGUGAAGAAUGGCAAGAUACAGACAAGCACUCUUCCCCCAGUGAGCACGGGCUGGACCUCUUAGAUUCCACUGAGCUGAACCUUGAGGAUUUCUGACCGGACUCUAUGCCCCUCCCCACCUCACCUUGGAAAAGGCAAACAGGAGAACAGAGCAGAAGGAACCGUUAUUUCCAGGCCCCACUCUGGUCUUUGAAGGGAAGGAGAGGGGGCUGUGCCUUCCUAACCUAACCUUUCUCUGAUGACGUUGGGAUAGAGAAGCCUUAGGCGCCCUGUCCUUCCUGAGGCUCCCUGGCUCUGUCCCCGAGUUGAAGAGUGCGCCUUUUUCCUGUGGUGUCUGGAGGGGGUGGGGGCCUUACCUCAGUAGUGCAGAGGCACUGCCUCCCUGUGUUGAAUGGAAAGAGCCCGAUAGUUUCCUGCAUUUUUGGAACAGCUUUCCCAGCCUCUUUUGUGCCCUAGUGAUUGAUUGAUUAGCUCAAUAAACAUGUUUCAAGCAGCUGGUUCCCGGGGUGUGGCUCAGGAUUGCUAAACUGAAGCACGUCAGGUUCUUUGCUGGUGUCUUUAUUUUUUUUAUGUACAUUUAUUUUUUUUAAUAACUUUUUGUUAGUCACCACACAGUAUAUCCUUAGUUUUCGAUGUAGUGUCCACGAUUCAUUGUUUGCUGGUGUCUUAAGCGGCUCUGCCUCCCUCCCCCCAUGGCGCAGGGUACAGACAGACGCAGGCCCUGCACGUGCCCCAGGCGCUUUUGUGUACCGGCUCCAGGGUGCUUAGUAACUGGGACACAUGGUGAGGCAGAGGAUCUAGGAGCCACCGCUGCCUGUCAGUAGUUUCUCUAGUGAGGACAGUUCACACUGAGGAGGGUGGCCUCUCACCUACACUGAGAACAGGCCGUACAUUUUGGCAGCCUUCACCCAAGGGUUCUUCCAGGGGGAAGAUCAUGACUUCAUCCCCAAGACACCUGUUAUAACUUGAAAUUGUAUAGAAUCUCAGUGUCUGAGUUAGGAGGAAACUUAGAAAAGUGACUCUAAAUGUCCAACCCCAAAUCCAAGACUCGGAUGCUCCCUUCUCCUUUAACCUUGCUUCCCCAGCUAGUUCCUCACCAAGUCCUGUCAAGUCAUUCUGCAAAAUCUCUCUCAUCUGUCAGUCUCUUUGCUCAUCGCCGCCACCAUACCUCACGUAGGCCGCCCCUGGAAACCUGCCUCCUUAAAACUCUAAUUCUUUUGUUCUUGUUCUGCUUCCUGGAAGAGCACGGCACCCCUGCUCUCGCUUUGCC